UCGUUGGAGUAAUAAACAAGUAUCUAUGCAUUCGUUUCCCGAAAGUAGAACUAAUCCUCCCAUUGCGUAUUGGUACUUAUCGGGUAUAGAAUAGAUCUGCUUCUCUUUGUUCUUACGAACAGAAUUGUUCCAUUAUUUUCAAUGGAACGGAAUAAAAAUUAACCCUUUCUCAUACGGAAUCUACUGAAAAGGUUAGAUACAUAGUAUAGUCUUUUCCAAUGCGAUAAAAUAAAGUGACAUAGUGUCUAUUUUUCUUUGAUAAAGGGGUAUUUCCAUGGGUUUGCCUUGGUAUCGUGUUCAUACUGUCGUAUUGAAUGAUCCCGGUCGAUUGCUUUCUGUCCAUAUAAUGCAUACAGCCCUAGUUGCUGGUUGGGCCGGUUCGAUGGCUUUAUACGAAUUAGCGGUUUUUGAUCCCUCUGACCCCGCUCUUGAUCCAAUGUGGAGACAAGGUAUGUUCGUUAUACCCUUCAUGACUCGUUUAGGAAUAACCAAUUCGUGGGGUGGUUGGAGUAUUUCAGGAGGAACUGUAACGAAUCCCGGUAUUUGGAGUUAUGAAGGUGUGGCAGGGGCACAUAUUGUGUUUUCUGGCUUGUGCUUCUUGGCAGCUAUCUGGCAUUGGGUGUAUUGGGACCUAGAAAUAUUCUGUGAUGAACGUACGGGCAAACCAUCUUUGGAUUUGCCUAAGAUCUUUGGAAUUCAUUUAUUUCUCUCAGGGUUGGCUUGCUUUGGCUUUGGCGCAUUUCAUGUAACAGGUUUGUAUGGUCCUGGAAUAUGGGUGUCCGAUCCUUAUGGACUAACUGGAAAAGUACAACCCGUAAGUCCAGCGUGGGGCGCAGAAGGCUUUGAUCCUUUUGUUCCCGGAGGAAUAGCCUCUCAUCAUAUUGCAGCGGGUACAUUGGGCAUAUUAGCAGGCUUAUUCCAUCUUAGUGUCCGUCCGCCUCAACGUCUAUACAAAGGAUUACGUAUGGGCAAUAUUGAAACUGUACUUUCCAGUAGUAUCGCUGCUGUUUUUUUUGCAGCUUUCGUUGUUGCUGGAACUAUGUGGUAUGGUUCAGCAACUACCCCAAUCGAAUUAUUUGGUCCCACUCGUUAUCAGUGGGAUCAGGGAUACUUUCAGCAAGAAAUAUAUCGAAGAGUUAGCGCCGGACUAGCCCAAAAUCUGAGUUUAUCGGAAGCUUGGUCUAAAAUUCCCGAAAAAUUAGCUUUUUAUGAUUACAUUGGUAAUAAUCCAGCAAAAGGGGGAUUAUUCAGAGCAGGGUCAAUGGACAACGGGGAUGGAAUAGCUGUUGGGUGGUUAGGACACCCCGUCUUUAGAGAUAAAGAAGGGCGCGAGCUUUUUGUACGUCGUAUGCCUACCUUUUUUGAAACAUUUCCGGUAGUUUUGGUAGAUGGAGACGGAAUUGUUAGAGCCGAUGUUCCUUUUAGAAGGGCAGAAUCAAAGUAUAGUGUUGAACAAGUAGGUGUAACUGUUGAGUUCUAUGGUGGCGAACUCAAUGGAGUCAGUUAUAGUGAUCCUGCGACUGUAAAAAAAUAUGCUAGACGUGCCCAAUUAGGUGAAAUUUUUGAAUUAGAUCGGGCUACUUUGAAAUCUGAUGGCGUUUUUCGUAGCAGUCCAAGGGGUUGGUUCACUUUUGGCCAUGCUACGUUUGCUUUGCUCUUCUUUUUCGGACACAUUUGGCAUGGCGCUAGAACCUUGUUCAGAGAUGUUUUUGCUGGCAUUGAUCCAGAUUUGGAUGCUCAAGUGGAAUUUGGAGCAUUCCAAAAACUUGGGGAUCCAACUACAAAGAGACAAGUAGUCUGAUACAACAUUGCUCUGGUAUCUUUCGCCUCUUUUUUUGAUUUGACAUAGGGUUAGGGUACUGAAGAAAUCUUGACUUGAAUCACCAUCUUUUCUUUGACUCUUUCCUUUUCUUUAUAUGGUAAAUGAUGCCAAAUGAAUAGGUGU